CUUGGCAAACCGCCUUUCUUUUAUUUGCUUCAAUUAGCUCUAGAUAUUAAAUGGACGAUUAAUAUCUUUCUCUGUUGAUUGUAAUUCGAAUAUUGCGCAUUACUCUCCCUCCAAUCUAUAGCAAACUCCUACUUUUCCAGUUCGGCGCUCAAAGUUCUAUUUUCUAUCUUAGCGUUGCCGAUAAAAGGACCAAAGAAGUUGAAUUAUUGUGAACAUUGAAUUCAACCUCGCCUCAACAUCAGUUUAAGUGGCUGGGAGACGCAGAUUGGCCCUUGUGAACGUGGUGGCGGCUUUUAGAUGUCCGGCGUGAGAUAUAAUCAAUAAAUCACUUAUAUCAAACAUCAAACAUCAAAAGGGGACACCACAAUGUCCUUCCAAAUCCGCCCCGCCACAGAAGCAGACAUACCCGAAGUCCACGCUAUAAACACUCACUAUGUCACCAACACCGUGGCGACAUUUCUUCAGAACCCUGCACCUUUAUCAUCCAUGUUCUUCAAGUUCAGAGACUUCACAGACCGCGGAUUGCCCUUCCUGGUUGCUGUGGAUGAUGUCAAGAGCACAGGAGAUACUUCCGAACGGCAACAGACCGUGAUCGGGUACACGUAUCUCUCCCCUUUCAGGGGCGCAAUGCUCUCAUAUGCUCCUACUGUAGAGCUCUCGCUCUUCGUGCAUAAGGAUUAUACUUCUCGAGGUGUGGGUAGCGCGCUGCUUUCGGCGCUCUUGGAGAAACUUCAAGGUGGCAUGGUGAAGCACCUUGCGCGCGAACAUGCUGGUGAUCUCGAAUAUGAGGUUCUUGCCCCUGAUGGUGGAGUACCGGUUCGUAAUGUGAUCGCUUGUAUGGCGUUGGACGCAGUGAAUGGUAAGGAAGGUGGUGAGGGGCUACGGAAGUGGUAUGAGAAAAGGGGAUUUGUGGAAAGAGGAAGGUUGAAAAGUGUUGGAUGUAAAAAGGGAAGAUGGAUUGAUACGGUAUAUCUUCAAUAUAUUGUUCCAAACUAAGCUAUAUCUAAGAAUUAUGAUCAAUUUGAGCGACCCUGACAGCGCAGCACAUGCGGAUUAAUGGACUAAUUUGUCGUACCUUC